GCAUGGCCAACUACUACGAAGUCCUGGGGGUACAGUCCAGCGCCUCCCCAGAGGACAUCAAGAAGGCCUACCGCAAGCUGGCCUUGCGGUGGCACCCCGACAAGAACCCCGAUAACAAAGAGGAGGCCGAGAAGAAGUUCAAGCAGGUGUCCGAGGCCUACGAGGUCCUUUCCGACUCCAAGAAGCGCUCCCUGUAUGACCGGGCGGGAUGUGACAGCUGGAGGGCAGGUGGCGGGGCCAGCACCCCCUACAACAGUCCCUUCGACACGGGCUACACCUUCCGUAACCCCGAGGACAUCUUCCGAGAGUUCUUUGGUGGCCUGGACCCUUUUUCCUUUGACUUCUGGGAUACCCCAUUCAGCAGUGACAGGGGCAGCAGGGGACAUGGCCUGCGAGGGGCCUUCUCGGCGGGCUUCGGUGAGUUCCCAGCCUUCGUGGAGGCCUUCUCCAACUUCAAUGUCCUGGGCCGGAGCGGGGGCAGCCGCACCACCUUCUCCUCCACCUCUUUUGGGGGGUCCGGCUGCGGGAGCUCGGGGUUCAGGUCGGUGAUGUCAUCCACCGAGAUGGUCAAUGGCCACAAGGUGACCACCAAGCGCAUCGUGGAGAACGGGCAGGAGCGCGUGGAGGUGGAGGAGGACGGCCAGCUCAAAUCGGUGACCAUCAAUGGCAAGGAACAACUCAAGAGGGUGGACAGCAAGUAACGGGCCACUCGGGCCACCCCGCCCCCCCACCGG